AUUUUUUAAAUUUGUUCAUGACUCUUUCAUAUAUUUUUGCAACCCACUUUUGAGUCGCGACCCAUGGGUUGAGAGACGCUGUUUUAAACUACACUUGAUAUCGGCACAUUCCUUGCAAGAAUUUCAUGUGGUUCAGAGAGAUUCCUCUGGGUCAGUUCAGACAGCUCCUGUCCAGUGCCAUUUGUAAAGAGAGCUUUUCCAGGAAAUUUAAAGAUAUUCUGGGUGGCCAGCUGUAGAGAAUUCUUAUGCCUAUAGUGUGUAUAGGGUCCGACAGAACAACAUACAAGAAUAACAGCCUUAAAGAUUAUUGUUAUUUUUCUAACAUAGAAUUCUUGAUCAAAACACCUCAUUCUGAGGAAUGAAUUUGUCUUGUAUUACCAUCCUCAUCUUACUUUGCCAGCUUUUUACCAAAAUUAUUUGCCCAUUGCAGCCUAGCCAUUUCCUGUAGUUGUAUCUGACUUGUAUUAUUUCUGUAGUUGUACCUUUUUCUCUGACAAAUUAUUUCUCCAGAAUUAUGUCUCUUUCUUCUCUAUGUGGUGCCAGCUGAUUGUUGUCGAGUGGUCUGGAAAGUCCUGAAGAGCUUCAUAAUUAUGAGCUGUGGUGAUGGGCCAAAGCAAUCACAGUGCUUCAUUGUCUCAGAUGACCUGUAAGGGAGCAGUAUGUGCACAUACAGCUUCUUUGGGCUCCGCCUCCGCAUACAGCUGCUUAUUGCUACAGGGGAAGGCUGUGAUAUGAACUGCGGACCAGCCAUGAAAGACUCUUAAGUUCCUGGUGAGCUUACACCCAACUAAGCCAUAUGUGAAAACAGUGCAUGACAUCACAGGAUGGAUGUGGAGGCGGACUGGGAGUCUGAUAAUGACACUUGUGACACAGGUGAAGAGCAUUCAGAUGAGUCCAGCCAGACCUCUGACCAGGGAGCUUGUAAAUCUAGUCUUCAGCUCAAGGUUGAGGUAGACUACUCACAACCAUCCAGUUGUAGUUGCAGCCCUGCUGGACCUUCAGGUAAGCAAGAACUCCCUGUAGAAUUACAGUGUGAAGAUGAAGAAACUUAUGAGACCUAUUAUCAGAAGAGAGGUGAGACCACAACUGGGGUCUUUGUCACCUCCAGCACCAACUUUGACCUGCAAUGUGAAGAUGAGGAUCUGGAACUCUAUUCCUCAGAGCAGUCAGAGGAACCUCAGGGUGGAUUAAGUGAGGAUGAUGAAAACACCAUUCUGAUUGAGGAUUUUGAUGAGGAGGAACUAGAGCCCAUCUCUGGAGAAGCUUAUCGAUGCAAGAAGUGUGGUACUUCUUUUCAGGACCUGAGUGAAUUACAGGAACACAAGCAAAUCCACUUGACAGAGAAUUCAUAUCGAUGCCCAGUCUGUGGCAAGGAGUUCUUCCGAGCUGCAAACUUACGAAUGCAUAAGCUCAUUCAUUCUAGUGAAAGGCCGCACAAAUGUCCAGAGUGUGACAAAGGUUUCAUCCGCACGGCUGAUGUCUGGAGGCACCUACGCAACGUACACAAGAUAGAGCGCUCUAUGGUAAUUUUGGGAAGUGGUAUGGUUAGGAACCCAUGGUCCACUGUGCACCGAAACCAGCAUGGUAAUGGGGACAGUGAUCAACAGUUUUCAGAAAACCAGAAGUCUGGGGAAGAAGAGUCAAAAUGUUAUAUCUGCCCCACAUGUGGCAAAGGUUUCCGUAAACCCAAUCUGCUAUCCAAACAUAAGGUGAUCCACCGGCAAGACAAACCAUAUAAAUGCCAGGAAUGUGGCAUGGCCUUUGUCCAACUACUUAGACUAAAAAGGCACCAGCAGACUCAUUCUGGAGAGCGCCCUUUCUAUUGUGAAGAGUGUGGAGGGACUUUCACACGCCUGGCAUCGCUACAGCGCCACCAACGGAUCCAUACUGGGGAGAAACCCUAUUCUUGUGCUUACUGUGGUCAUUCCUUCACUGAGUCAGGUACACUAAGGAGGCAUGAGCGAACACAUAGGAUGGACAAAUCUUAGUGUGUAGGCCUCUGUGAAUGCAGUCUUCAUUAUUUCCCUUUACCUGAAUGAGACCUGUUCAGCUAUGUUAGAAGAUCUGCCCCAUGCUGCACACAGAGGCCAAUCCAGAGCCCCCUUCCUAAAGAUGGCCAGUAUAACCCUAGUAAAGAUACACAGCUGCAUAAGGAGCUCUAUGAUCUCUGACCACAAAGAUGGUGCUGACUGUUUUUGAACCCAUCCUUAUCAGUUAAAAAAGGAAAUAGCUUUCAUUGCCAUUGUGUAAUGGAGGAGAUAUUUUAAGCAUAGAGUCCCUUACAAGUGCUAUGCAUUGUCAUAAAUGACCCGACUGGUGGGUGGGAAUCAAAUUCAGCUUUUCUCAAGGAUUUUAUUAGUUAAAUAAGUGAUUCCCAACCAGGAUGCCUCACGAUCCUUUCAAGGGUGCAAUAUUAGCACGGUUAGGUGUGCAAACAUGAUUCA